CAGAAAAGAAAUAAUCAAAAUCAAUAUAAAACCCUAAUUUUCAGAGGGAGUCACAGAGACGAAGAACGAUGUCUGGGGCUACUCCUAACACGCACGCCGAGGAAGACAAGAAACCUAAUGAUCAAGCUGCGCACAUCAAUUUGAAGGUCAAAGGACAGGAUGGAAAUGAGGUAUUCUUUAGGAUCAAAAGAAACACUCAGUUGAAGAAGCUGAUGAAUGCAUAUUGUGAUCGUCAAUCUGUGGACUUGAAUUCAAUCGCUUUCUUAUUUGAUGGUCGCCGUCUCCGGGCAGAACAGACUCCUGAUGAGCUAGAAAUGGAGGAUGGGGAUGAGAUCGAUGCGAUGUUGCACCAAACUGGUGGAGCCCUGUUAACUUAAUCUGUUUCUACUGGUUUGGUGAAAAUUUGACACAUAAUAUAGUGUAGUUACUUUGGUUUAUGUAAUCUAUGGAUUUGAAUUAUGGGAAUUGUGUUAGACAUCUUCAUUGUAGACCUUGUUUAAAAAAUCUGACUUGCUCUUUGGGAGUUUUGUCAGUUACAAACUCGUAUGAAAUCAGGAGUCUGAGUUAAUAGUUUGAUCUUUUGAGUGGAGUACACUAAUGUUGUCGGAUGAGAGAGCUCUCUUUCUUGCUGGUAUAAGAAUUGCUAAGAA